CCCUCUGGGCAGCAAACAUGGAUGUUUAUGGACCGCUCAAUGUUUCGCUGGACUACAGGCUUCGAUUCAGUCCCACGGUCGUGGAGAUCAUACAUCAGCUCCUAGGCCUUAUUUGUGAUACAAUGGUGUCUUGCAAGUACCCGCUGCGCCCGAUCGCCGAGGAAUGGUCGAAGAGUCUAUGCUAACAAGAGUUCUUCAUAAAAGUGAAGCCGAUUGGGAACCCACCGCCGACUCCGAGCAGAAAAAGACAGCGUGUGUCAGGACACAGUGACUCGGAAGUCUGGAGGAGGAGACCCGAAGAUGAUGCAAGUGACUCGGACAGCGACGGAG